UCAAUUACAUGCGAAUCGACAAAAGAAAAGCAACGAAAACGAAUGCAACCACUUUCACUUUUGAUAUAUUCGGUGACCUUCUCUCGGUUUGACUUGGAUUUUGGAAUGGGCGGCGGACUGGCACUUACCAAUUUAUCAAUCUGAAGAAUAAUAAACGACUGAAUCGGCAAAUCAAACACCAGGAACUUUAUAUAUGAAUGGACAACGAUAAUAGUUAACUAAAAAUACGCAACUUGAUUUUUAUCGCUAUUAUUAUGAGAUGUGUGUUCUCAGACUAGUUAAACUAGCUCAAUUCAUACGACAACAGAAUGAAACAAUAACAUUGAGCGUAUGUCAAAACUAAACACCGACCGAACAGCGAAUCAUUCGCAUCGCAUCGGGCACACCAUUCGCUCACAGACACAACAUUUGACAACACUUGCAUGUGUGCGUCUGUGUGUGUGCAUUGGAAUGACAGAAUAACAACAAGAACAUCCGAUUAUUGUUGUGUUUCAAACAAGUCGACAUGAUUUACAUGAACGACUCGAUCGUAGACAAAACAUUAGAACGAAAAUAGAAACUACAGUCGCCAUGGACACAAUACAUUCAUCAAAACUUUGCCGAAUUUGUUGUAAUCAACGAUCAAACGAUCUACAUUUUCUGCUUGAUGCAGAUAAUAAAACGAUUGUUAAGAAAUUACGAGCGUGUGCCGAUGUAACUAUCGAACAUGAUGACCUAUUACCGAAAUACAUUUGUAAGAAUUGCAUACAAAAACUCAAUUUGGCGUACAAUUUUAAGAUUCAGUGCGAAUACAUGGAACAAAAAUUGCGAGAAGCGAUUACAAAAUCACUGCAUACACAAAUGAAAUCGGCGUCAGUGGCACAUAAAGAAGUAGUAUCGUCGAGUUUUUUUGACAGUGACGAUGAAAGUAGCUUUGGAUACAGUUCCGAGUUACUUGCAAUGGAUGAUGGUGAAGCGAUAAUCGAAGAGGACGGCGGCGAAGAAGAAGAGGAAGAACAAUUUAUGGAAGAGAUAGUGUACUUAGAUCAGAAUGUUGAGUGCGAUCAAGUUGCCAAUGGCAAUCAGUUUGUAUCAUCGGUGGCAAAUCAACAAUUUGAAGCAUCAAACAAUGAUGUCGAAUCAAAUGCAAUGGAAAUCAGUCAAAAAACUGUGGAAACUGAAAAAUUCGAUAGUGUUGGUUCAAUGCCGAGUGCCAAAGAAUCGGAUGGCGACCAGGAUAUGUUCAGCGUGAAAUCGGACAAUGCAUCAUCACCAAAUGUGAAAAUACCAUUCAAAUGUGAUACGUGCGGUGAAACAUUUGACAUCCAUUCCGAGUACAAUAAGCAUAAAAAAACACACGGCAAAAAUCGGUAUCAGUGCUUGCUUUGUAAUAAAUGGUUUGCCAAACGAUAUCUCUUGAAUGCACACCAUAAAACACACUCCGGCACAAAAAACUAUGAAUGCUCGAUGUGCCAAAAACGGUACACAAGCCAAAGCAACUUGGAUCGUCACAUUCGGGUUUUUCAUCGACAGGAAAGACAACAUACAUGCACAACAUGUCAAAAAACAUUUUCACAAUUGUCGAUUUUAAGGCAGCAUCAAUCCGUUCACAUUGCGUCACGUGAAUUUGCUUGCGAUGUCUGUCAUAACAAAUUCAAGACGGAAGUUCAUUUGAAAUUACACAAAAAACGGCAUCUGCCAAAUAGAUUUGGACAAUCACGACGAAAAUAUACACCACCGAAAAAAACUACGCGCAAACCACCGCAGAAAAUGUGCGUGUGCAGCGAGUGUGGCAAAAGAUUCACCAGCGUUGCAUUACUACGAUCUCAUAUGCAAUCUCAUUCUUUGGAGAAGAAGUACGAGUGUAAAAUU